CCCUCCCCUCCUCCCCUCUCUCGUCCCCUCCCCUCCUCCCCUCUCAAACUCUCCGUCUCGUCCCUGAAGCAAACUUUUCAACCCGGAUCGAUAAUCUCUCUCGAAACCGCCGCUGUGACGAGAAGAAAUGACCGUCGUGACGAAGGGGAGACGGAUUUGCGAGCACCGCGUCUGACAGCUGAGCUCCUUCGCCGAUGCCACAGUCCCCUGUCUGAUGAGACGAUGAUAACCCACACCCGCGGGGCCCCCACAGUCUUCUUCAUAAGUCUGCUGUGGCCCCUGCUCGCCCCGGUGGCGGCGGCGGCAGAAGCGGAAGUGGACCCCAGCGUAGGAAUUCCCUUCAUGGGGGGAAACUACAAUGGUCACCCCAUGCUAUACUUCAACCGGGGGGAUGUGGAGAAGCUGCAGUACGCAGCGGCAGGGACUCAUCGGGACAUGGCGAGGAGGAUCCGCGAGGCUGGUGAAACCAUGCUGGAGCACCCGAUGAUGUACCUGCCCCCCUGGAGCCCGGCGGAGUUCAGCGCCCGCUGGAACGAGGUGUACGGAAACAACCUGGGUGUGCUGUCCAUGUUCUGUGUGUUGUACCCACACAGGGCGGGAGCCCUCGACUUGGCCAAGGACUACAUGGAGAGGAUGGCGGCUCAGCCUAGUUGGUUGGUUAAAGAUGCCCCCUGGGAUGAGGUUCCUUUGGCGCACUCUUUGGUCGGGUUCGCCACCGCCUACGACUUCCUGUACGAGUACUUGAACAAGGGCCAACAAGAGCGGUUCCUCCAGGUGAUCGGCAACGCGUCACGCCUGAUGUACGAGAAGUCAUACGUCCGAGGCUGGGGGUUCCAGUACCUGCACAACCACCAGCCCACCAACUGUGUGGCGCUGCUCACAGGAAGCCUGGUUUACAUGACCCAAGGUUACCUGCAGGAGGCCUACCUGUGGACCAAGCAGGUCCUGUCCAUCAUGGAGAAGUCCAUGGUCCUUCUGCAGGAUGUGACGGAUGGCUCCCUGUAUGAAGGAGUGGCCUAUGGGACUUACACCACCCGCUCUCUGUUCCAGUACAUGUUCCUGGUGCAGCGCCACUUCGCCAUCAACCACUUCGACCACCCCUGGCUCCUCAAACACUUCGCCUUCCUGUACAGGACUAUCCUGCCGGGAUUCCAGAGGACCGUGGCCAUCGCAGAUUCCAACUACAACUGGUUCUACGGACCGGAGAGCCAGCUGGUCUUCUUGGAUCGCUACGUGUUGCGCAACGGCAGUGGAAACUGGCUGGCAGAUCUGAUUCAUCAGAACAGGGUGAUGGAGGGGCCGGGGCAGGCUGGAAAGGGCCAGCGAUGGUGUACUCUUCACACAGAGUUCAUCUGGUAUGACCCAGGACUGAUUGCCAAGCCUCCGUCAGACUUUGGAACAUCCCAGCUCCACUACUUUGAGGACUGGGGCGUGGUGACCUACGGCAGUGCUCUACCUGCGGACACCAACCGCACCUUUCUCUCCUUCAAGUCUGGGAAGCUGGGGGGACGCGCCAUCUUCGACAUUGUCCACAGGAACAAGUACAAAGAGUGGAUCAAAGGGUGGAGGAACUUCAACGCUGGACACGAGCACCCCGAUCAGAACACUUUCACCUUUGCGCCCAAUGGUGUCCCAUUCAUCACUGAGGCGCUGUAUGGACCCAAGUACACUUUGUUGAACAACGCGGUGUUGUUCAGCUCUGCAGUCUCAGGGAGCUGCUUUAAGCCGUGGGCUGGACAGGUCACGGAAGCCUGCGACUCCAAGUGGUUGAAGUACAAGGUGGGGCUGGCGGCAGACGCACAGGGCAGAGUCGAAGCCGCGAUGGAGAGACAGGGAAUGGUCUUCAUCCGGGGUGAGGGGCAUUCCGCUUAUAACCCAGAAUUGAAGAUCAGGAGCUUCCAGAGGAACCUGCUCCUUCUUCACCCACAGCUCCUUCUCCUCGUAGACCACAUCCAUCUGCAUCCAGACAGCCCCACCCGGGCCACAAGUGCCUUCUUUCACAACACUGAACUCCCGUUCCAGGGCACUAAUAUAGAUGGUGUUCACGGAGCAUUUGUGUCACACAGGGAGGAUAAGUAUAAGAUGUUUUGGAUGGAUGACACAGGCUACAGUAACAAAGGAGUGGUAGGUUAUUGGAAUUACCCACGAGGGUACCCGUACAAUGGCUCCAACUAUGUGAACGUCACAAUGCCAUUGAGGUACCCCCACACCAGAGUGGCCUACAUUUUCUUUGGACCAGGCGUGGACGUGCAGAGCUUCAGCCUGCGUGGAGACGACCAGCGAGUGGAUAUUUACCUGGCCACCAAGGAUCACACGUACACCAUCUACCUGCUGACCGGAGAGCUCACUAGCAAGCCUCUGUUUGCGAUGGUGCUGGUGGACCACAAGAAGGUCGUGUUCGAGAAGGCGGCGGGCGCGGAGGACGGCUCACCCGAGGAGGUGGAGGAGUACGUCAACGUGAUGGAGGACAACCUGCAGCACGUCAAGCCCGUCUUCCAGCAGAUGGAGAGGCACAUCCUCGGACGGGUUCUCAACACCGCCAGCUUCCGUAAGACCGCAGAGCGCCUCCUUCAGUUCUCAGACAAGAAGAAGACGGAGGAGGUCAUUGAGAAGAUGUUCGCCAUGUCUAAGAAGCAGGGCAAGGGCAAAGGGGGGAAGAAGGUGAACCUCGGAGAGAAGCUUUCUGAGAGUCUGCCGGACAUUUUUGCACAGAUUGAGGUGAAUGAGAAAAAGGUGCGGCAGAGGACUUCAAAGCGUACGUACGAGGAUAGUCCGGAGGAGGGGGAGGGACCCUUUAUGGAUUACGCAGACGGCCGCAAAAACAGAAAGGGGGCCUUUGUCAAGGGUCGUAAAUUCAAGGAGGUUCACAUGGUGGCCACGGCCGGGAGCGAGGGUCUCUCCAGCACCGCCUCUUACAUAAGACUCUUUCUCCUCCUGAACACCGCCACCUUCUUUCUGCUGCUGGCUGUGUUACUGACUCGCUUCCAGAGAGGUCGGAGUUUGCACACGCAGAGAUGUUUCUACACCAUCCUUCUGAUCGACUGCUUCAUCUUACUGUACCUCUACUCCUCCUGCUCUCACACGCAGUGUUAGCGUCACGAGUGCGCCCAAAGAGGGCGGGGGUUCGUCCAACUGCAGAUCGAAUGGUGUGUUGUUUGUGUUGAAGUAAAUGCUGGACCCCACACCUCAGUCUGAGCCGGAUCUUAUGACACAAUAUUAAAGGGGCCAGUUUUAGAAACCCCCCAAAAAAAGAAAAGCUGAGAUUUCAAGAAAGGAAUAUGAAAUAUUUUGAGAAUAAAAGGUCAUGUUGUAAGAAUAUAGAAAAUAAAAAAGUCACAAUAUUCCAUCAAUAUAGCCUUUAAUGUGAUUAGAUUCUCAUUUGCUUUCAUAUUGUAGUGAUACGCAGGCUUUCAGCUUUAACUAGUCAAGUUAGUGUUGCGACUGGGCUGAAAAUCUUGGUUUCAUAGAUUUUAUAAUGUAAAUUGACAAUCAUAUUUUACCUUUUAUAGAAAUUACAACACUAUUCAUAUAAUAUUAUGCAUUUUAUUCUCAUAAUAUUAUGACAAAUAUUACUUUAUACUACUAUUGCCAUGUUUAUUUUCUUUAUAUUUUUUGUAGACAUCACGACUCAUUAUAUUCCUUUUUCUAUUUUAUUUAUAUAACCCUGAAUUCCAAAAUAUGCCUCAUGGGCCUAAAGGAUAGUAAUAUAUAGAUUACAACCUUGCCAUAAUAUUGUGACUUUUCUAGAAAGUACAACUGUAUUCUCAUAACAUUCUGACUCUCCUUUCCCCAGAAUAUUAUAAGUAUAUUCUUGAAAUCUCUUUUUUUCUUUUUGUACUGUGUCCCAAAUACUCGUACGGUCUACCUAAUGGGUAACAGGAAAAACAACUAAUUCCAAAUAGGAAUUGAUGAUUAGCCGAGAUGAAACCAGACCACCUCUGAUGUAAUAAGCUUCUGUGGAGCUUUCGAACCGAGUCUGUGUGAAGUUUAUCCUUUGUUGUGUUCAGAGGUCCUCCCUUGUGUCAAAGAUCUCAAGGUUAGCCACUAUGAUGCAGUCGCCACACCUGUGCUUGAGAUUUGUCCUGUCUACAUGGAAAUACAUUUAAAUGUAUAUAUGUGAAAGCAAG